AUGUUAGCAACAACAUCCAAGGUCGCCUGUGAGGUUACCAACGGUGCUGGGACGAGCAUCCCUUUCACUGUCACCUUUCAGGCUAACUUAUUCUCACACGCGACCAUUCCAUCCAUCCUCGGUUACAUCGUCCGCCACCACAAGCUUCGGGGAUACCAGCUUUUUCUCAAAUAUGGCACGCUGGCUAUCCCGGCUGCUUGCCCUGCACCGGGCUGCUGCCUGGCUGAGAAGCAUGGCUGGCACAAUGUGUACAAGCCCGCCGCUACUGCUGCCGUCCAGGACGACACAAUCACGUUCCGCCGCCUCUUCCACGGCCUGCACACUAUCCGCAUCUCCGAACCUGCCGACGUGACGCGCCUGGAAGCUAACGCUCCAGUUUGCCAGCUCAUCCGCAGCAUGAGCCAGAUUCUCGAUACCGCCGGCCAUCACAUACGCGUAACCGGUGCUGAUCACGCCGGCAUGUACCAGGAAGUUUUUCUUUACCGCCCUCUAGUGACCUGGCCGGCUGUCAUGGGCCCGGUAGCGACAGCGGCGCCACGGGAUUGA